GGUGAGGAGAAGAUGGCGGCCGCAGUCAGUGCGAGCAGUGGCAGCAGUGACACUUCGAGCACCGGUGAGGAGGAGAGGAUGAAGCGGCUCUUUCAGACUUGUGAUGGGGAUGGCGACGGCUUCAUCAGCAGGAAUGACUUGCUUAUGGUAUGUCGGCAACUGAACAUGGAAGAAUCGGUAGCAGAGAUUAUGCAUCAGUUGGGAGCAGAUGAGAAUGGGAAAAUCUCCUUUGAGGAUUUUGCACGCUGUCGUAUGCAGUUGGUUUCUGAAAUAAGGAAGGAAGAAGGUGAACUUUCAGUGAAGUCACAAGAGUCUUGCAAAAAAAGAAAAUUACGUGAUCGAAUAGCUUCAUGGCCAACCAGCAGCGAUAACAGUCUUGGUGCAAUGUCUGGAGCCAGAGAGAGCUGGGAGUAUGAUUCUGGAGCUCGAGACCUUCAGAGCCCAGAACUACAUAAUAGUCAUCCAAUGCUUCAGAAACUAUUAGAAUGUGGAGGAGCUAGCCUGGAUCAGCAAGUUGCCCUGCAGAAACUCUUGGCACAGGCUUCAAGCCUAAGCCAUCCAAUGAGUGGCAGUUACUUGGAGCUAGCCAACACACUACACUUAGCAGCCCUGGCAUCAUUAAAAACAGACAUAGUGGAUCUCAAUAAAAGACUCCAACAUACAGAACGGGAGAGGGACUUGUUAGAAAAGAAGUUGGCAAAAUCCCAGUGUGAACAAUCUCAUUUAAUGCGGGAGCAUGAAGAGACUCAGGAAAGGGCAACUCUACGCUAUGAAGAACGUAUCACUGAACUUCACAGUAUAAUUGCAGAGUUAAAUAAGAAGAUUGACAGGCUGCAGGGAACAACAAUAAGAGAAGAUGACGAGUGUUCAGAAUUGCGUUCAGAACUUAGCCAUAGCCAACAGGAGGCAAAUGACGAUUCUCGAAGUAUGGAUCAAGAUCAAACCUCUGUCUCUGUGCCUGAGAACCAGUCAAUGAUGGUCUCUGCAGAUAUAGAUAAUUGCAGUGACCUCAACUCAGAGCUCCAGAGGGUAUUGACUGGACUGGAGGAUGUAGUAUCUGGAAGGAAGAAGAGCAGUUGCAGUCUGUCCGUGGCAGAUGUGGACAGACACAUUGAACAACUUACCACUGCCAGUGAGCGCUGUGACCUGGCUAUAAAGACUGUGGAGGAGAUUGAGGGAGUACUGGGACAUGACUUCUAUCCAACCCUUGCUGAAGAGAGAUCUCGCUGGGAGAAGGAGUUAGCAGCUCUUCGGGAAGAAAACGAAAGCCUCACAGCAAUGCUGUGUAGCAAAGAAGACGACCUAAACAGGACAAAGGCCACCAUGAAUGCUAUUCGUGAGGAAAGAGACCGGUUGCGUAGGAGGGUUCGAGAGCUACAGACACGUUUACAAAGCAUACAGGCAUCUGGCCCAGCUAGUCCAAGUCGUUUGACUGCUGCCAAUCGACCAGUCAACCCCAGUACUGGUGAACUCAGCACCAGCAGUAGCAGUAAUGAUAUCCCUAUUGCGAAGGUGGCUGAGCGAGUAAAACUGUCAAAAACAAGGUCAGAAUCUUCAUCUUCAGAUCGACCAGUCCUGGGUUCAGAGAUUAGCAAUAUUGGAGUUUCCAGUAGUGUGGCAGAGCAUCUAGCUCAUUCCUUGCAAGAUUGUUCCAAUAUCCAAGAAAUCUUUCAGACUUUGUACUCUCAUGGUUCAGCUAUCUCUGAAAGCAAGAUCCGUGAAUUUGAAGUGGAAACUGAAAGGCUGAACAGUCGAAUUGAACAUCUAAAAUCACAGAAUGACCUUCUAACUAUAACGCUGGAAGAGUGCAAAAGCAAUGCUGAAAGAAUGAGUAUGCUGGUUGGUAAAUAUGAAUCCAAUAGUACAGCAUUAAGACUUGCACUGCAGUACAGUGAACAGUGCAUAGAAGCCUAUGAGUUGCUGCUGGCUCUGGCUGAGAGUGAACAAGGACUCAUUCUGGGCCAGUUCAGGGCUGCAGGUGUUGGAUCUGUCGGUGAUCAAAAUGGCGAAGAAAACAUAACAAUGAUGUUAAAAAGAGCACAUGACUGUAGGAAGACAGCAGAGAACGCUGCAAAAGCACUACUAAUGAAACUUGAUGGUAGCUGUGGUGGAGCAUGCACUGUAACAGGAUGUAAUAUACAGCCAUGGGAAAGCCUGUCUUCUCACAGCCACACCAGCACUACAAGCUCAACUGCUAGUAGCUGUGAUACAGAGUUUACAAAAGAAGAUGAACAGAGAUUAAAGGAUUAUGUUCAGCAACUUAAGAAUGACAGAGCAGCAGUCAAGCUAACUAUGUUAGAACUGGAAAGUAUCCAUAUUGAUCCACUUAGUUAUGAUGUUAAACCUCGGGGAGAUAGUCAACGGCUUGAUUUGGAGAAUGCAGUUCUAAUGCAGGAACUCAUGGCUAUGAAGGAGGAAAUGGCGGAACUCAAAGCUCAGCUUUAUUUGAUGGAAAAGGAGAAGAAAGCACUUGAAUUGAAGCUGAGCACGCGAGAGGCCCAGGAACAAGCUUACUUAGUACAUAUUGAACACUUGAAAUCGGAAGUAGAAGAACAAAAGGAGCAACGCAUGCAGUCUCUCAGCUCAACCAGCAGUGGAGGAAAGGAUAAACAAGUUAAAGAGAGCAGUGAUGGAGUAACACAUCCUGUCGCACUAACUGAACUCAGAACAUACAAUGACAGUGAACUUGCAGUUGAGCUAACCAAUGCGUUGAGACGAGAGAAAAAAUUGAAAUCUCGUGUGCAGGAAUUGGUAACUGCUUUAGAAAGAAUGACAAAAAGCAGUGAAGUGCGACAUCAACAGUCUGCAGAAUUUGUUAAUGACCUCAAAAGAGCAAACAGUAAUUUAGUAGCGGCCUAUGAGAAAGCAAAGAAAAAACAUCAAAACAAAUUGAAAAAACUGGAAGCACAAAUGAUGGCCAUGGUGGAGAGACAUGAGACACAAGUGAGAAUGCUUAAGCAAAGAAUUGCCUUGCUCGAGGAAGAAAACUCGAGACCUCAAACAAAUGAGACAUCACUGUAAGAAAACAUAUGAAUGGUAUGGAUGCUGUGAAUUCAUCAAUUCUCCACAUCGACUCAAAAAACUUAAAUAUCAAGAUAGGAAAAAUGAUACUGAUAUCUUUCUUAUAAGUGUGAACAUAUCCAGAUACCACCAUAACAGCAUAACAUUAUUGUGGAAACCAUGCUUCUAAUAAAAAUGACUGAAGCGGCACUGGACUAAAUAUGGGACACCAGUAAAUCAGCUCUUUGCUGUGACCAGAAACACACUUAAACGUACUUGCAUCUCAAAAGGAAUAUGCAUUUUUAAUAUUGUCUAAAUAAGGCAAAUGGACACUUGUAACUAUUAUCAUCAAGUUGUAUCAAAUAGGCAGAUGAUUGUACAGCCAGAAUUUAAACGUUUAAUAGAUGCUGCUGCCAGCCACUUAACUUUUCACAGUCAUUAAUGUUCUAUUCAAAUUCAUAGUCUUACAAAUAUGUCUUAUCAAAAAUGUUAAACCAUCUUCAUCACACAAUAAGGCUGUUAUGCUGCAAUUGUCAAGGUUGACAUCGUGAGAAAUAAUUCUAGUCAAAACUGGAAGUAAGUGUUUCAUGUGAUACUGACACAGAACCAAGGAACAUAUUAGCAGAAAUAAUGUCUCAAACCCCUCUGAGCUACAUUGACAUGUAAUUCAUUCAUGUUUUGUAUGAAUUUUAAAGUACUGUAGCUCAAGUCCAAAAUUAGUCAGUCCAUAUUAGCUACCUACAGAAUGGACUACCUCAUAUAGAAAAAUGAUCCUUCUUAUUUUUCAUUAUUUUAUAUAACACAGUUAUGAUUAUUAGUCAUAACCCUGUUCAAAACUAAUCAUUUUACCAGAAUUGGUUUUGGCACAGCAGAUGGUGUUGACUUUGGAUAUUCAUUUUAUUUUGAACAAAAUAACCCAAGAUUGUUAACAUAGAAGCAGAUCAGAGCUGACCAACUUGGUUUUAUCCAUAUAAAUACAAAGAUGUGAAAUUCCUGAUUUAAUUUGCAUAUGAUUACUAGUUAGCUACAGAAAUCUUGUUCCUUUAGGAAAAUUAUAAUGCACAUCCACAUGUCUCUUCUUUCCAGCUUUUUAAUCAUGCAAUUUCCAGAUGGUUGUAAUUAAUUCUUUUUCUUCUUUUUAUGGAAUGGGUCAAGCAAAAGUUUCUUUUCAAUUACUCCAAUACUUUUGAUGGCAUAUUUGGGAAAUUAUCUGCAUCUUACUGUCUAAAGAGUUAUGAGCUAGAGCUCUAAAAUCAAAAUCUGCACUCUGAUUUUGAAGUUUUGAAUUCAAGUAACCUUGUAAGCCAGGUAUCUACUUCUUGAAACACACUACUGUUCACCUCCAGAGACUGAUGUUACAAAAAAUUUUGAUGGACCUAUUGCACAUUUCAGCAUUGCUAUUUUAUGCAGGUUUCUAUUAUCCUCUAAUAGAAAACUGAUUCUUUGCAACAUAAACUGCAGGACUUGAAGAAGAAUGUUCACCACCAUCUUCUCAAGGGCAAUGAGGAAUGCAUAAUAAAUGCUGGCCUUGUCAAAGAUGCUCACAUCCCAAGAAAAAAACAGGGUCAUCUUUAAGUAAAGGUUGUACAAAUUUCAGAAUGACAGGUGAAAAUAACUCUCACAUGAAUUUAUUGUUUAUACCAAGUGCAUCCUGGACUGGAAUAUCUCUUCAAUGGGACUUUCCUAGGUUAAUAUCUUUGAGAAACUGCUAUCCAUAUUCAAAAUUUCCAUCAAUCAGGAUAGGAAAGAUAAAAGAAACAAACUCAUAGUUAGCUAACCUUUUUUGGCCUUGCUGAUGCAUCACCACACUUGGCUGGACAGGUCACUUCUCCUAUUCUGAAUAUCUAUUCAAUAUUAUGAUACAAGCAGGCUGCUCUUCAUCUGCAAUUGAACUAAAUCUGCUAAUCUUCUAAGUACCUUUAAAUUAUGAAAACUAUUCUAUUAAAUAUGGUUUUGCUGUAAGAAUCUCUGAACCCCUUGGUGAAAUUACCAAACGUCAUUUAGUAGAAUGAAGAAAGAACUUGUAUUUUACCUUAACCGUCAUGACCUCAGGAUGUUCCAAAGUGCUUUAUAGCCAAUGAAGUACUUUUGAUGUGUAGCCUCUGCUGCAAUGCAGGAAACUCAACAUCCAAUGUAUGCACAGCAAGAUACCCCGUACCACAAACAGCAACGACAUAAAUAAUCACAAUCUGUUUCAGGUAAUCUAUAUGGGAUAAAUAGUAGGAUGAUCUUUUGCCUUUCCUUUGUAUCAUUUCCCCUUAGGUGUUUUAAACAAAAAGGCACUUAUUCUACCAACUAAGAUGGAAAAGGAAUUGUAAAAAUAGCUUUGACAUGGAGCAGUUCAUAAAAUCCUCCAUUAUGAGACUACCAUUUUGAACCUUUCUUCAAACAAAAUUCAUUCAAAGAUUACAUUAAUGCAUCACACUUUGCUACCAUUUAGAAUGGGUUACUUGGCAAAUGGCCACUGUUUAGUAAAAGAUGUACCCUUGGCAAAUUAGUGCUUUUAUCGAGACAUUAAGGCAGAUGGCUGCUCUCACUUUUUAUUGAGCUACUGUUUCCAAGAGGUUAGCAUUAAGAAAUGUGUGAAGUAUAAUUGCAAAUUUACCUUUUAAGUGUAGUAAUCGCCUUUAAAAUUAAGAUAUACCUAGCAGACCCUAUUUUCUCUACCAAUCUCGAGUUUCUGUAUUUCCUCGAGAGGAAUGAAAUUCAGAGUAUGUCUCAUCUGUCUUGUCUUACAAUUAAACAUGUAUUUGUGCAAAAAUUUAGGAAAAUCUUACAACUAUUAUAAGGCAAGUGGGAAAGUGUUAGUUUCAAGAACCUUAUAGUAAAUGGUUCUUGUAGUCAAAAGAAUUAAAGUUGGCAAGAUGGAAAUAUUGGGUUGUCAAGACCUAAAGAGUUACUUAUUAGAGGUAUUUUCCUAAUUGGUUUACCUAAACUAUUAUAUGUGGAAUACACUUUAUGAAAAAAUCACAAAGUUAAAUAUGUAUGACCACUUUUCUCAGUUCUGUUUUCAUUUUAAUAAUUGCCCAAUAUGUUUCAUUGUGUUUGAAAAUCAUGUUUCUUCCAGGAAAUUAUUUAAAAUAUUUGUAAAUUACAGAUUAUAGAAAGUGUUUUUAUUUAUAGUUUAAAAGUACUAUAUGCGAGAUAAAAGAACAUGAAAAUGAUUUAUUUCCCUGAACAAGAUCCAUAUGUUUCUCAUCUAGCUUUGUCCCGGUUACACGUAUUAAAGAAGACGGACUGCUGUCCACAGUAUUAGUUGUUGCUUGGUAGUACAGAAUUUGAGUUUUGCUGGAAAAAGAGACAUGCUGUUGAAGCUUUUUAUUUUGCACUCGUCAGGACAGAUGCAAGAAUACCAAAAUUGAGCAACAGGUGAAGCUAGCUGUUUCACUCUGCUACAAUGCAGUGGCUAUACAAGUGGUGUUUUCCACUAACAUGAUGCUGUCGUCAAGCCAAAAAGACAUUUUAUAUACACAGAAAUGAGUAAUGUGGUAUCUGAAUUUCAGUGCCAGGAUGAUGCUGUACGUCCCAAUGACUGGCAGAUCGUAUUAAACAGCACAUCCCUUUGGCUGUCUGCAAUAGGCAGAGUACUGACCAUACUCCUCCAACCCACGCUUGCAAAACUCAACAUAAUGUCUAACGUUAGAUGUGAUUUUGUGAUUGGGCAGCAUUUGCUAGAAUGCUAUAUCUAUUCAUAUGCCGGGACUUGUUUCCUACAGGCAAAAGAAAUAUAUUCAGUCAUUGUACCUUUUUUGAAUAUAUAAAAGCAUAGGGGAACAAUAGUUCCCUGGUGCAUUUGCCAUGGCAACAUCUCAAUCAAUCAGCACCCCUUUUCUCAUGCAGUAUAAAUUCUUCCCUUUGAAAUUUGGCAUUCUUGCAUUCUUGAUGAGUGCAAGUCGAAAAGUUUGACAGCAUGUCUCUUUUUCAGCAAUACUCAAAUAUUGCAAAUACUCUUAGUGCCACUUUAGAGGACAUAUCCUUUUAGGACAUGAAAUGAGAUAGCUGUGAAUAUCAAAGUAAAUCCCACCUCUAAUGAAAUUAUGAAUUAAAUGUGUGGCUACAGCCCUUUAUAAUGCUUCAUUGGAGUCGCAUUUCAAAACGUUCCCAGUUUACCUCUGUUCAUGAAGCAAGCAAAGAGGAGGACUGAGAGGCACUAGUAAGUGCAUAUACAUUUCCCUUCAGGCUUUAUUUAUUAUGCUUUUAGGGUUAUGUCAAUUCCAGUCAAGUACCAUUUCCCUUUUUGUCUAACCUUGUGUUGUAACAUUGAAGGGUUAUUUUUUUGGCAAAGAAUUCUGAAUUUGGAGCUAGAUAGAUGAACAGAGCACCAGAGAAAUGUCACAAGCAAGGAUGUUAAAUAUAUGAUAGCACUAUGGUUUAACUCCUACACUUAAAUUAAGAUGUGCAGCUGUUUUUAGCAAGAUGUUGGGAUUACUUUUACAUGCAAAAUGUCCAAAUGGCUGGCACCUACACCAUAUUAGUUUGUUCCAGAUCUGUGGAAGUAAUCUGAGAAUUUGAGCACCUCUGAUCUUUGAGGGUUAUGAUUUAUAUAUUCUCCUAUUGUAUUUAAGUUUAUAACUGCUUUUUUUUUUAGUUUUCCUAGUUGCUGUAAAAUGUAAAACAAUUUAUUUUAUAUAGAAUUGUACAAACUGCAUUUAUUUAUAUGAAGAGACAUUUAUACUAUUAUUUUCCAAAAGACCUUAUAUCUAGAAUAAAUACUUUUA